AUGGCUGGAACUCUGUGGUGGCAGAAUCUCAGCCAAGCCAUGCUGCAGGUCGACCUGGCCAUGUGGCAGAGUGGGUCCCAGCCCAGCCAGCGCUGCAGCAGAGCAGGGCCCCACCGUGCCAGGCCACAUGGGCCACGCAGCGGAGCAAGGCCUGGCCUGGCCAGCAUCCAGUUACCUGUUCAAAGAAUCCUCCCGGAGUCCGGAACUCCCACCGGCAGCCCCGACCCACAACUGCCGGCCGCGAGCAGGAACGGCAGACCCACUUUUCCCACUGCUGCCGGUUUCGCUUCCUCACCUCGGUCCCAGCCCCCACCCUCUCGUCCGCGGCACGAAGACCCCGCACCCAUCCCCUCCCGGCGCGGGGACUGCCGCGUCCCCCUUCACGCUUUCGGGAGCUGCCCGGGGGCAUUUCGGCCGCUCCGCCCCGCGCCCCGGAACUUGGGCCCGCCCGGCGAUGCCUCGCCGCCGGGACCCAGCUCCGACCUGGCCCCGACGCACUUCGGCCGCCCCGCCGCCUCCCCCGCUCGCAGCCCCAUACCUCCUCGCCGCACACCCGCGGCCGCCGCCAGGGCCAGCUCAGCGCCCCCUCCACACCUGUCCGGGAGAGGCUCCAGCGGCCAGGCGCGGCCGGAGGAAGGGAUGGAGGGGCAGGUGGGGCGGGGCGAGGCGGUGCGGGACGGGACGAGACGGGAGGGGAGGGGAGGGGAGGGGACUGGGCAGGGCAGAGGAGAGGAGAGGAGAGCAGGAGCAAGAGCGGGGGCGGGGGCAGGGGCAGGCCUGCUCCCUGCCGUCGCUGCCGAGUCCCCCGUCCCCGCGAGGCUGUCGUUACCCCUGCCCUGCCCGCGCGGCAGACGCCUCGCUCCCAGAUUUCGGAUGACAGCUGCUGGACGCGCACGCGCGCUCGCAGGGGGCAGCGCACGUGACCCAGGGCGCGGCGCCUGGUGCGUCACGUGCCAGGAGCUGGGGGCGGAGUCGAGGGCGCUUCCGGGCGGGCAAUCGGCGCUGUGGGAAAGCGGAGGAGGCAGCGGGUCGGGCCGACCUCGCAGCCUUCUUGGCCGGAUCCACCGCUUCUGUGGGCCGGAAAGGAGCUGCCCUCUUCUCUGGGCCGGGCCCGUGAGCGGCCUGUGCGCUUACCGGGACGCACGCGGGGAAAAUGCCAGCGCAAAGCUUAGAGCAGUCCGGUCUGUUAGAGAAUCACAGAAUCGGUUAUGUUGGAAAAAACCUUUGAGGCCAUCGAAUCCAUCCUAUGACCGAACGCCACCAAGUCAGCUAGAGCGUGGCACUGAGUGCCAGAUGUUUUCUUGAACACUUCCGGGGGCGGUGACUCCAUCGCCUUCCUCGGCAAUCGAUUCCACUAACAGCCCUUUUUGUGAAGAAAUCCCUCUACACUUACUCCUGUUGUAACCUGGUGGAUCUCUCAGAGCAAGCUGCAAGGUUACAACUCUCUGUGAGGUCACAAAUUGCUAGAGCAUGCAUCUCCAACAGCCACUGGCUCAAGCCAGUCCCAAGUUAUGGACUAAGGGUGCACAUGGGUAGUGUGAGAGCAUUAAUCUUCAUAGUGCUGUGGCUAUGGAAAGCUAUGCCUUGGCAUCGUUUUUCAAAGCCAGUAGCUAAGAACUUCUGUUUUGAUAGAUGGAAGUAAGGACAGGGGCCUUUUUCAGAAUAGUUAUGUAGCAAUGUGUGAUCAAUAAAUCAGCAUUUUGGCUUUAUUAAACUGCUCUGGCACAGUAUUUCCAGUACAUGCUUAUCUUGCAUGGGUGCAUCUCAAAGCACCUGUGAAUUUGCUGCCAUGUUCUACCUGGGAGGAAGAAUCUUUUAAUUACUCAGAUUUAAGAAAGCUUUUCUGCACUUUCUUCCUGGCUUUCAUGUUUUGGGCUAUGUUUUUAGAUUAGGGUUAGCUAGUAACAAAUACCCUGGUCCCAUGACAACAACCUCUAAGAGAAAAGGAUAACCUGUUCCUGUGCUUUAAGUUGCUGAUACAAUAUCUAGGGUAUCAUAAACUUCUGAACAAAAAAAAAAAAAAAUUUUCUUUUUUUUCUGUGUGACAGUGUAUUUUUUUUAUUUCACAGUAGUCAGGAACCAUUCCUGAUUUGAGGAGUUGACAUCUGUUUGAGUUACAAAUUUGUCUUCUGUGACACUUCCAGGUCCCUGUUUCAGUGUGCUACCACUCGUGGUGAAAUUUUUUUCCAUAACAUACCCUGAAUUUCCUGUAUUACAAUGAAUGUGCUUGUCUUGUCUGAUCAUUGUGUUUUUCCAAGGAGGCUCCAUCUGUUAUAGAUGGGUAAUAUGAUGAUUGGCUCUCACAAUUAAGAGAUUAAUAUUUUGUGUAUGUUAAGAGAAGUUUCAUUGUUUGUUGUUUGGACAUCCACUGUUCUCCCCAUAGUCCCCUUCCCCACUCUGAAUUAUUGUAAUCAGACAGCUUUGGCUGUCAAGGAAGGCUUGUUACUAGGGAGGCGGGGCAUGGCAACACCUGACCUCCAAUCAAGUAGCAAGGAAGUAGGCUCCACCAAUGGACAGCAAAGAAGAAGAUUUUGGGAGUGACCAGGGUUGCCUGAUGCAUGGUAUAUAAAGGUGGAGCAGCCAUUUUGUAGAUGAGCACAUGGUGAUCAGUCAUAUGCUCAUGGAUCUCUGCCCUUUUUCCUUAUUCAGUUCUUUGUUGUAUCUGUGAAGGUUUAAUAAACCCUGAAAAUUUUAGAA